AUGACUAAAGGGGGAAUGGAGUCAGUCGAAGUGUUCACAUCUGAAGGCAAAGGCAGGGGUUUGAAAGCCCAGAAGGAAUUCUUGCCUGGGGAUGUCAUCUUUGCAGAGACAGCCUAUGCAGCCGUGGUUUUUGAUAGCCUGACACACCUCGUCUGUCACACCUGCUUCAAACGGCAGGAGAGGCUCCACCGCUGUGGCCAGUGCAAGUUUGCCUACUACUGUGACCGGACCUGCCAGAGAGCCGCCUGGCUGGACCACAAAAAUGAGUGCUCUGCCAUCAAGAAGCAUGGCAAGGCACCCACCGAAAACAUCAGGCUGGCUGCCCGCAUCAUGUGGAAGAUAGUGAGGGAAGGCAGUGGGCUCUCAGAGGGCUGCCUGGUCUCCAUCGAUGACCUGCAGAACCACGUGGACAGCUUCAGCGAGGAGGAGAAGAAGGAGCUCCAUGUUGAUGUGGAGAACUUCCUGGAGUUCUGGCCACCCCAGAGCCAGCAGUUUGGCAUGCAGUACAUCUCCCACAUAUUCGGAGUGAUCAACUGCAAUGGCUUUACCCUCAGUGACCAAAGAGGACUGCAGGCUGUUGGUGUGGGAAUCUUCCCCAACCUCUGCCAGGCCAACCAUGACUGCUGGCCCAACUGUACUGUCAUCUUCAACAAUGGCAAUCAUGAGGCUGUAAGAUCAAUGUUCCACACACAGAUGAGGAUCGAGCUGCGAGCUCUGAGCAAGAUUUCUCCAGGGGAUGAGCUGACUGUUUCCUACGUGGAUUUCCUCAACGUGAGCGAGGAGCGGCGGAAGCAGCUGAAGAAACAGUAUUACUUCGACUGCACCUGCGAGCACUGCAAGAAACAGAUCAAGGAUGAUCUGAUGCUGGCAGUGAAGGAAGGGGAGAGCAAGCCCUCUGCAGAGACAGUGAAGGAGGUCAUCCAGUUCUCCAAGGACACUCUGGACAAGAUCAACAAGGCCCGCAUGGAGGGACUUUACCAUGAAGUCGUGAAGCUGUGCCGUGAGUGCCUGAAGAAGCAGGAGCCUGUGCUGGGGGACACAAACAUCUACCUCCUGAGGAUCCUCAGCAUUGCCUCCGAGGUGCUCUCCUACCUCCAGAUGUUUGAGGAAGCAGCUGACUAUGCCAAGAGGAUGGUGGAUGGCUACUUGAAAAUAUACCAUCCCAACAAUGCUCAGCUGGGGAUGUCCGUGAUGCGGGCGGGAGUGACUCACUGGCACGCAGGUCUCAUUGAAGCUGGGCAUGGCUUGAUCUGUAAAGCUUAUGCCAUUCUCCUGAUAACCCAUGGACCUUCCCACCCAAUUACCAAGGACCUGGAGGUCAUGCGUGUUCAGACAGAGAUGGAGCUGCGCAUGUUCCAGCAGAACGAGUUCAUGUAUUACAAGAUGAGGGAAGCUGCUCUCAAAAACCAAAAGAUUCAAGUCAUGCCUGAACCCAGCAAUGAGACCUCACCAAGUCUCUUCCACAAGAAGGAGUAA